AGCGUGGAUUUACGAGGGUUUUGGCUUUGGCAGCUUCAUAACACCGUUUUGAGUCUCAGCAUACAGCUGAGAAGAGAAGAGAAGAGAGCCUUCACUGUGCUUUUCAAAGUUUGUUUGAGCAAUGGCGUUCGUCAAUAAAAUUGGAAAUCUACUCAAGAACUCUGCUGUCAAGCAUAUCAAUCAAGAAGUUUCUAUGUCUACUCCGUCGGUUUUCCAAGCAAUUCGAUCCAUGUCAUCUGGAAAGCUUUUUGUUGGAGGUAUCUCUUACAACACUGAUGAUAUGAGUCUGCGGGAAGCUUUUGCUCGCUAUGGAGAAGUAAUUGAUGCUAGGGUUAUUAUGGACCGUGAAACUGGUAGGUCAAGAGGUUUUGGCUUCAUAACUUUUGCAACAAGUGAGGAUGCAUCUUCUGCUAUUCAGGGCAUGGAUGGCCAGGAUCUUCAUGGUCGGAGGAUACGAGUGAAUUAUGCUGCAGAAAGGUCACGUCCAGGGUUUGGUGGUGGCGGCGGCUAUGGUGGUGGCGGAUUUGGUGGUGGUGGCAGUGGCUAUGGUGGAGGCAGCUAUGGUGGUGGUAAUUAUCAAGGCAAUGACAAUAGGGGUGGAAGUGAUGGUUAUGGUGCUAUGAGCAGCUAUGGUGGUGGCAAUGCUGAAACUAGUUACUCUGGUGGUGGGGGUGCUAGUAAUUACCAAUUCAAUGUAAAUUCUGGUGGAGAUUUUGGCCCUGCUAGCAGUGAACUAAGCAACAAGUCUGGUUUGCAAUAUGAUGGUCAAUUUGGUAGCAACCAAAAUGACAGAACAGGUGCAGACAAUGAUGAAUUCAGUGAGCCACUUGAAGACAAUCAUGUGAGGGAGAACAACGACGAACCUGAUGACUUCGCCCAGACCCGGGGGUGAGAGAAUCUUCUCCAUGAAGAAUUUCCUUGCACAGGGCAAGUUACCUUUUGGUUUGAUGAUAAGCCAAUGUGUUUCCAAUAUUGGUUUACUUUUUCAUCCCUUUAACUUUCUGUUCUUCAUUGUUUGGCUUGAAUUUGAUAGUUUGUCAGCUAGUGACUGAUGUAAAAUAAGAUUUUUCUAGGCGUUUGAAAGUUAAUUAGCUAUUCGCUUGUGCUACUGCUUCAGAGAUGGAGUAAGUCAUUCAGACGGAUCUCAAAGAUAAAAGAUCUUGGAGAAGCAUGAGUAAUGAAUAUUCCUAACAAGUUGAUAAUCAUUUGAAAUUGUGGAUUUGUAGAAACAUGCACCAAGAAAAACAUCACUUGGCCAGAAAAUAUAUUCUUAGAAGAGC